UCCAAGUCAGCCGGCGUCACUGAUCCGUUCUCUGCAUCGCCACUCCGUUCAGUCCGUUCACUACUGCGCCGCCGCCGUUCUCCAUUUAUCCUCCUGCAUCGCUACUCCGGGUCGUUGCCACCAGUGCCUCUGCUCGCAUCUUCGCCGGCGUCUCUCGCCUCUCCGGCCGCUUCUCCCUCGUCCCUGCACUAACAAUUUCUUGUGGAGAGACCUCUUUAUCUUCGAAAAUCUUCAUGUUCCUUGCAUUCCAUAUCUUCCAUAACACCAUGGAGUGUGUUCAUGGAUUCACAAUCUCUUGCAUACCAGAGUCAUCAAAUGCAAUGAAUGCAAUAGCAUUAGGAACAAAACCAACGAAGCAUGUUCUUUGUGCCACACUUAGUUCUUGCGCAAAAACCCUUAAUUGGCCUCUAGGUAUACAAAUCCAUGCUCAUAUCAUUCGAUCCGGGUAUGAGGAUAAUUUGUUCCUUAGCAGUGCACUCGUUGAUUUCUAUGCAAAAUGUGAUUCCAUUUUGGAGGCAAAGAAGGUAUUCACAUCCAUGAAGGUGCACGAUAAGGUGUCCUGGACUUCACUCAUUUCAGGGUUCUCAAUAAAUGGACAAGGAAAAGAUGCAUUCUUGUUGUUCAAGGAUAUGUUGGGUACCCAAAUUAAGCCUAAUUCUUUUACCUUUGCCAGUGUUAUCGGUUCUUGUGUGAGGCAAAAUGGCGGCCUUGAAAAAUGUUCAAUUCUUCAUGCACAUGUUGUGAAACGAGGAUUUUGUGCCAUGAAUUUUGUGUUGUGCUCAUUGGUUGAUUGUUAUGCAAAAUUGGAGUGUGUUGAUGAUGCUGCUUUAGUGUUUGAUGAAAGUAAUGAAAGGGAUAGUAUUGUGUAUAAUUCAAUGAUCUCUGGUUAUUGUCAAAACUUGUACUAUGAUGACGCGCUGAAACUAUUUGUGGAAAUGCGGCAGAGGAAUUUGGGUGUUACUGAUCACACUUUAUGUUCUGUAUUAAAUGCUUGCAGUGGCAUUGCAAUACUUCUUCAAGGAAGACAAGUGCACUCUGUUGUUGUUAAGAUGGGUUCAGAGCAGAAUGUGUUCGUGGUCAGUGCUUUGAUUGAUAUGUAUUCAAAGGGCGGUGACAUUGGUGAGGCUCGAGCUGUGUUGGACCAGGCUUCUAACAAAAAUAGUGUGUUGUGGACAUCUAUGAUCAUGGCUUAUGCUCACUGCGGUAGAGGUUUGGAGGCUCUGGAGCUUUUUGAUCAUUUACUGGUGGAGAAAGAGUUCAUUCCUGAUCAUGUGUGCUUUACAGCAAUCUUAACAGCUUGCAAUCACGCUGGAUUUCUUCACAAAGGGGUGGAGUACUUCAACAAAAUGAGCAUAGAUUACCAGUUAUCUCCUGAUAUAGACCAAUAUGCUUGCUUGAUUGAUCUGUAUGCUAGAAAUGGAAAUCUUAGGAGGGCAAGAGAUUUAAUGGUAGAAAUGCCUUAUGAUCCAAAUACUGUAAUCUGGAGUUCCUUCUUGAAUUCUUGCAAGAUUCAUGGAGAUGUAGAGCUUGGAAGGGAGGCUGCGGAUCAGCUCAUUAAGAUGGAACCAUGUAAUGCAGCACCAUAUUUAUCACUAGCACAAAUCUAUGCAAAAAAAGGUUUAUGGAACAAAGUGGCUGAAGUCAGAAGCCUUAUGCAAAGAAGGAGAAUAAGAAAACCUGCAGGAUGGAGUUGGAUAGAGGUAGAUAAGAAGCUUCAUGUCUUUGCAGUUGAUGAUGUAACUCAUCAACAAUCAAUUGAGAUCUAUGCGGAGUUGGAAAAGAUUUAUCUGGGAAUUAUAGAAGUGCCAACUUGUAUAUCAUAGUAUAUCAAUAUUUAAGCAUAGGUCUACUCUCCUUGCUUCCUAUGGAUUACGGAUUCCAAUUUAUGAUGAGAACCUUGAAUACUUAAAUGUUGUUAAUUUAUCACAUGUUGAUUGAGGCAGAGUAUAAUCUCCAGAAAAAAUCCAACGUGUUGGAUACUGACUCCAAUUUAUCCCUGUUGUUCUUCGAAAAUUUAGCUGAUAACAAGAGGCAAGAUGUAUUUGAGGUAGUAGAUGAAAUCUUAUAGGGGGUUCAACAUACAUGGAGGAGCUCAGGUCUCCCCUUUUUCAUAUACGAGUAGAGAUUAUGAUCCGGCCAUUGUUUCCCAUGGUUCGGGAGAAUUAUGACGGUCCCUUGUGUGAGAGAUUUUGCCAUUCGUCGGGGAUCUUUUCCGCUUUGGUCAGAUUCCCCUCCCACUGUUAUGGUUGACUGUUUGGGCCCCUGGAUGAGCUGCUGGGGUGCCCCUGGGCUGUGCUGGAUGCAUUUCCGUGUUGGGCUUAUCCAGAACAAAUUUUAUGCAACAAAAGGUGACCGAGAUGUUGAUGCCUAGUGAUAUUCCAUAUGAUGAUUGUUAUAGCAUCGUUAGCUGAUGCCGUGUGGAUAUGCAUAUCAUUUGAGAUCAUUUUUUAGGUACUGAAGCUGAACCAAGGAAGAAGGGAGCAGCUGCGUCUGCUUAAGCUUUUGGAUUGAAAGAUUGUUGUUUGGUGGACUAUUGAUCUGGGAAGAAUGUUAUUAUGAACCAUUGCCAUGUUCUUUCCCUCAACCAAAUUUUGGGAAUGGAGAAGGAAGCUGGUUUUCUUCU